AUGGUGAAACCAAACUCGGGAUUGCAGAUUUUCUUCUCGCUGAGGGAUAUUGAGUUUGCACUAGGGUUUUUUCGUGGAGAUAGAAUCGAAUUCUCUGACGAAGAAGAAGAAGGCUUGAUCGGAGAGAAAUAUCGCCCUAGAUCAAACCAAUAUCAUCAUCGUCCACCUUGGAACGGAGAAGCUCAACAACACCACCAAGCUCGCGAGGAAAUUAAUAGCUUCCGGCGUUUUAAUCCUAUCGCUCCACGAAUUUCUCUUCCUUGUGAUCGUUCAAUUAGGCUUUGUACAAUAAAGGCCAAUCUUGAAAUGGUAAAUAAAAGUCAAGUCCUGAGCCUGUGUCGUUCCAUGCUUCGAGCAGGACGUCAAUACCCUGACUACAACAUCAGGGAGUACACAAAGCGAAGGACCAUGGAUGGGUUCCGCAUGAACAAGGAUCUCACUGACCCAUCAAAGAUAAAUGAGGUUUAUGCUGAAGCUAAAGAGCAGCUGGAGGUUGUAGAGAGGGUGCUCAAGGUUUACUUGGCUUAUCCUCCCAAGACCAAGAACAUCAUGGAACUCAAGCCUCAGGUAGGUGGAUGUUGA